GAACGUAUUCAGCUGAUUUGAUGUUAUUGCAAUAGUUUAAAAUGUCUGCUUUGUAUUUUAUUGCUGUGUUAGCCGUCAACUUAUUUCUGUCCUUUGGCCUUAAAGUGGAUAUGACCAGAGAACACUUUUACCAUGGGAAAAGUUUAUUUUGUGCACAACUCCAGUGUACAGAAAACAUAACAGAAGACACUCAGAUGUCAGCUCUUGUCAACAUGUCAGUCUAUAGGAUCAGUGAAUCUGAAGGGAAGAUUUUGUUGGCGUCUAUUUCAGGAUCUGAUUCAAAGGUUCGCGAUUAUAAAAUAUCUGGGAUAUUAUCUGAGGGCAAACUAUCCAAACAUCACGGAGAACUGGUCUUGUCUUUCUCCAAUACUUCAGCCUGUAAUUUACACCAGUAUAAAUGUCAAGUAUAUUUUACCAAUAAGACAGGAGACACUGGAAUGCUAGAGAAUAGAACAACGUCUUAUGAAAGAGAGAAAAUCAAGAAAUCUGUUUUGUUGAUGAAUUUGAAAGCUCAAACUUUGAACUAUGUGAAAUCUGUGGACACAAUGGCAGAUUUUCUGAAAUCAUUUGAAGAUCCAGAAAAACUUAAAGGUGCAGACGUGUCAAUGUCCUUACAGAUGUCACAUUCUGGUAGAGAUGGGUACAGUGACGACACGGCUCAGAUUCCAUCAUCUACAGAGUUAAACAACAGUAACAAACACAUCAGCUCUACUAAUGCUAUAGACGUGGUUGAUGCUAAGAUAAAUAACAUCACAGAACACAUGCAAACAGUGAAUGACAGAUUUGGAGCUAUAGACGUAAAACUCAACGAGGCCAUUUCAGGGAACAACCAAAUAAACAGCAUGAUAGAAGCUUUAAACACAACUGUACAAGAGAUGAAAAACGACUACAACGUCAAUCCUGUGUUGUCACGGAUUUCACUUCAGUGUAAAAAGAACGACAAAACUGAUGUACCAGAACGAACGACCGUCAGACUAGGUCAAGACAAAUUGGCUUUGUGCGACACAAAAACUGACGGUGGAGGUUGGAUCAUUAUUCAGAGACGUGUUUUCGGUGACGUGAAUUUUACGAGAGGUUGGAACGCCUAUAAACAUGGGUUUGGUUCAAUGAUUGGAGAUUUCUGGCUUGGGAAUGAUUGGAUCUCUAACCUUACUUUUAUGGGAUACAAUGAACUUAGAAUCGACAUGACCCAAAAAGGUAAAGAGUACUACGCCCAUUACGAUCAUUUCAAGGUAGACAACGAAGCAGAGUCGUAUACAAUAAACGUGACGUCAUUCAGUGGAAACGUUAAAGACUAUCUAAACCCUCAUAUUGGUAUGAGGUUUUCUACCAUCGACAGGGACAAUGAUCGAUACAGCGGAGAUUGUGCUGGACUUUGUAAAGGUGGCUGGUGGUAUAACUCCUGUAGAACGUCAGCUUUAAAUGGUGUCUGGGGCACAACAGACCUUACUACAGGGAUAGUCUGGUCAGAGCUAUCAAGUGAUGGAGAUAUUGCAGACUCAGUUGAGAUGAAAGUACGUCAAGUGUAAACAAACUAUCUGAAGAUGUUUUAAAUAUAGGUAUAGCUUUAAGUUAGUGUAGCAGACAUAUUUUUAUUAGACCAAUCUAUUCACUCCACUCUCCUUCUUAAAGUGUGAAGGUUCUCUAUGUUCUGUAACUGAAAAUUUCAAAGUAACCUAAUUAAUACGUCAACAUAAUUGUGUUUUUAUACACACUUAUUAUCAUUUGACUGGUUGCAUUUGUUUCAUAAUGCAUUAUUUUACUAUGUAAAAAUAUUGCUUAUUUUUUAAAUUAAUUGUUUUUUAAGUAGGCUAUAGAGUUUUUGUGUUUAUUUUUAUAACUAAGAAAAAAAGCAUCCGAAUCUGAGAAAAUAUACAUGAUUACAUUUAAAUAGUCUUUUGUCUAUUAUUACCACAAUAAAAAAGCAGCUGUG